AUGGAUUGGUACCUGGAGGUUGUGGACUCUCCUAGACUCCCAGCCGGUAUUAAAUUCAAGCUCUCCCCAGGAGCACCCUCAUACACAUUUGGGCGCGAAAAAUCGGCCAAUGAGCAUCAUAUCCGGAUUCCAGAAGUAAAUGUCAGCCGUUCGCAUGCCAUUAUGUUUUGCCGUGGCGAGCAGCCGGAAUUCUCUCCCCCAUUCAUAUGUGACAUGGGAUCCGUUAUCGGGACUUUUGUCAAUGAUACCAGAAUUUCAGAAGAAAGGAUAAAAYCCCAGCCAUAUCAACUUUACCAUAAGGAUAAAGUUUCGAUUGGCCAAACCCAGUUUAGAGUUGUUCGGUAUAAUACUCGUGAGGCCGAUGAUGAUGAUGAUGACCAUGAGGGGAUAGAACUUGACGAAAAUUUAUCUGAUCCUAUGGAUGGGUUUUCAGAUGCUGAAGAGUCCUCAUGCUCUUCAUAUAGCUCGAAAGUCAAGAAAUUUGCAGCCCUCACUCGGAUGAAAGACUGUGCGGAAAAUGUUGUUACCGCAUCUCAGUCUUCCUCAAAUCCCAUUCCAGAGGCAAACAUUGGAUUUAAAAUGCUCAAGAAGCUAGGGUGGCAACGUGGUAAAGGCCUAGGUAAGGACCAACAAGGCCUUCUUGCACCAAUUGACCCUGGCUUGGAUAGUCCAGAUCUCCGUUCUCGACCUUCAUUCCUUAGAUAG